UCUUCAGUAUACACACGGCAUUUUUCUGGAGAUGGGCGGCAGCAAAGGAGCUGGUGGCGCUGGUGGAGGAUCCAAAGGCGGUGGGGCAAGCAGCGGCGGUAGAGGCGGUGGAGCUGGUGGAGGAGCCAAAAGUGGUGGGGCAAGCAGCGGCGGUCGGGUUAAAGGUGCCUCUUCUGGAGGAUGUACAGGAUCCUAUGGAGGACACGUAGACAUGAAAGCUCCCGGUGGCGGUGGAAGCUACAUCUCUAGGGAUGCAUUCGAGAGCAAUCCUCAGGGUUACUUCUCUGCUCUUCAUGAGAGUGGGAAGAGCGGUAAAUGAAGGAAU